GGCCUAGCAACUCAAGCAGCCAUUUUAGUAUCGAGCGGUGAUUGUGUGUUGACAGAGUAUGCGUGAUUUGUCCUUGCCGAUGUACAGAUUGAAACUGAAGCAUUAGCAGACGGAAUAGUCGCUCAUGUCUACUUUAGACAUUCCAUGGUGUGAGUAGUGUUUGGUGAGCACGCCGAAAGUAGUGUAAGCUACCAUGGGUUGUGGAGGUAGUACAGAAGGUCGGAAGGACGACAAGGAGGAUGGUAAAUUUUCACAUCGCAAACCCAAAGUUAGUAUACGAGUACCACCAGACGUGCACCCGCGAAAAGAGGGACCUCAUAUUGUGUUCGUAUUUGGUGGUCCUGGUUCAAAGAAAGGCAGAAUAGUUGAUGAUCUAGUUGCCGUGUAUGGUUUUAAUCUUCUUGUUGUUGAGGAUCUUAUAUUGAGGGAGCUUCCGAAAAAAGUUGCAAAUGCAAUUUCUGUGGAUAAUACAAGAGAUGUUGCCGAUUUGCUUAAGGAGGAACCCUCACAUCUUUCAUUAGAAUGGGUACUGGAAAUCAUUUCUACAGAAAUAGAAAAAGACCCUGAUGGACUAUUCCUUGUUGAUAUUAUGCCAAAUCUCAGGUUUCUUCUCCGCUGUGAAAAAUUUGUGAAAGACUGCAAAUACGAAAUAACGCAAUUUGAAAACAAGUAUCCUAUUGCUUGUGCCUUAAAUCUUGCUAUACCUGAAGAUAAAGUAAUCAAGGCUGUUGAAAAACACACUCCAAAGCAUCCAAAUCAGCUCAAAGAAGGUGGACAGAGUGAUGAAGCUGAUACAUCACGUACCGCGAAACGUACAGCCUUGUAUGAAAUGAGUGUCAGGACGUACAUAGAGUUCUUUGUUAGCACAAACAGGCUGGUCACAGUAGAUGUCACAUGUGGUAUACCUGAUCUAAUAUGGCAGAAAGUCAAUAGUUUCUUCAGUGAACAUUUGGAAUUAACUCCCCAGCGAACGGCGAAUACUGUAAUAUUAUUUGGUUUUGAUGAAAGUGCCUUUGUAGGGUUGGAUUUAGAAAGGUACUCCAUGGCAUUAGUGGAACUUGCAUCUCUCGUUGAUAACCCAGAUGCACCUGUAGAAACCUUUUUGGCAGCCUUAUGCAAACAUGUUGACAAUCAUACUAAAGCAACAGCAGAGUGCUUUGCAGUGGAUGCAACUGGAACAACGCUGAAUAAAUCUUCUUUGGAUCAGUUUAAAAAGAGGAUGAUCACUUUUUUGGAAGUACAAGACAACUAUCUGGAUCAGUACAUUGUGAUUACUGGUCAGAAGAAUAAUAAAAACCAACAGCGAGCACGGAAAACCAGUUUCUAUACUAAAAAAUUUAAGGCAGUCUGUACAACAGACAAUGAAGUGUGUCUCUUUCCCAUGGACACUGAAACAGAUUUGUGUAAACAAAUUGCUGUUUCUAUGGUGAUUCUUCGAGACUAGAAUGAUGGAAGAUAUGCGAUCUUUUAUUUUGUUGCACCCUGUGCCAAAGGUUUUAUCUGGAGAAAAUAAAAACAAAUGAGAUGUUGGAUUCUUGACCAGCUUUAAAUUUGCUUGUUUUUGCAUCACAGGCCUGUAAAACAAUUCAGUAUUCAGUUCUAUGAACUUUUAUACUCUAGAUUAAUAUUAUGUAGCUAUAAUUUAUUUUUCAUUCAGAAUGAUAUUUUGGUAAAUUGAGAGUAAAUUGCAAGCAACAAUAAAUUAAUGUUACAAUCGUACUGUGUGUUCAACUCAGGAAUAGUAUUUUGUCACAUUGAGUUUUUGCAUAGUGAAAAUUAUUUUCAGGCUGCCGAAUUCCAAAUUGUAAAGUUGGGGAGAAUUCAACUAAUGUUGUUGAAAAGCAGAAUUUCAGAUCCGUCCAUGUGUACUUUCCAUCCUUACUCUUCAUUGAGUAGUUAUGCCGAUUAGUAAACAGUAUUCUGUUUAGUUGUCUCUUCUGGAAACACUUUUUGUUGUUGUUGUUGUUCAUCAACCAAUUUGUUUUUCAAAAUUACUUUUUAUGUUAUCUCUGUACUGAUUCAAC